AUGCAGAAGUUGCAACCAUCAGAUAAGUCCAUUUCCAAUACAUCUGAUUCGACUUUUAUAACUUUAUCCAACUCAACGUGUAUCGAGACGGAUUUUCAGAAAUAUUUUGAGCCAAAGCUGAUAGCCCUCGGUCCUUUGCAUCAUCGCAGCCAAAGGUUGGAGCGAGCUGAGAAGACCAAGCUCAGAUUCUCAUCAGAGGAGAAUGAAACGACUGUCCAAUCUUUGUUUAACAAGAUCAAGGCAGAGGUAAAUGAUCUGAGGAGAUAUUACGAUCCGAAAGAUAUAGAGCAAUACGCUGAUGAUGAGUUAUCUCAGAUGUUCGUCGUUGACGGGUCAGUGCUGUUAUUCGCCAUACACUACGGCGUCGAACGUAAGUUUGGCAAACUAAAAACCAAAGCAGUUCGUCUCGUAUUUGCACCAGUUGAUCUGUUCAUGCUGGAAAACCAACUUCCUUACGGAGUCCUCCAGAUUUUGAUCGACUCAACCAAGGAACCCAAAAAAUGGAAAGACUCGAUCACAAAAUUCAUAGCGGAUAACGUCCUGACUAAUAUACAAAGUGGACAGCAGAGCCUGUUGAAAAUUGGUGCAACUUGCAACGAAAGUUGCAAGCGAGUAGCACCAUCGGUUCCGUUGACCCCCUACUUGGCUCGACUAUAUUGCAUGGUUUACACCCAUUUUAGUCAACCAUGGACUAUCGUCGGCUUCUUGGGUGGGAUAACAUAUCUUAUCUUCUCCGGUAUUUCGACUUUCGUCUCUUCACAGAAAAAUAUUAAAUUCAGACAAGGAUUAAUCUUCGGUUUUUUCGAUAUUAAUUGA